AUGGAGACGCACGUCUCGUGCCUGUUCCCCGAGCUGCUGGCCAUGAUCUUUGGCUACCUGGAGGUGCGCGACAAGGGCCGGGUGGCGCAGGUGUGCACGGCCUGGCGGGACGCCGCGUACCACCGCUCGGUGUGGCGGGGCGUGGAGGCGAAGCUGCACCUGCGCCGCGCCAACCCGUCCCUCUUCCCCAGCCUGGCCGCGCGGGGCAUCCGCCGGGUGCAGAUCUUGUCGCUGCGGCGCAGCCUGAGCUACGUGAUCCAGGGCAUGGCGGAGAUCGAGAGCCUCAAUCUGAGCGGCUGCUACAACCUCACCGACAACGGGCUGGGCCACGCCUUCGUGGCGGAGAUCAGCUCCCUGCGCGCGCUGAACCUCAGCCUCUGCAAGCAGAUCACCGACAGCAGCCUGGGCCGCAUCGCCCAGUACCUCAAGGGCCUGGAGGUGCUGGAGCUGGGGGGCUGCAGCAACAUCACCAACACCGGCCUCCUGCUCAUCGCCUGGGGCCUCCAGCGCCUCAAGAGCCUCAACCUGCGAUCUUGCCGCCACCUGUCCGAUGUGGGCAUUGGGCAUUUGGCGGGCAUGACCCGCAGCGCAGCAGAGGGCUGUCUGGGGCUGGAGCAGCUGACGCUGCAGGACUGCCAGAAGCUUAGUGAUCUCUCCCUCAAGCAUCUGGCCCGGGGUCUCACUCGCCUGCGCCAGCUCAACCUCAGCUUUUGUGGGGGGAUCUCAGAUGCAGGGCUGCUGCACCUGUCACACAUGAGCAGCUUGCGCACGCUGAACCUACGCUCCUGUGACAACAUUAGCGACACAGGUAUCAUGCACCUGGCCAUGGGCAGCUUGCGCCUUUCAGGCUUGGACGUCUCCUUCUGUGACAAAGUUGGAGACCAAAGCCUGGCCUACAUUGCACAGGGCCUUGAUGGGUUGCGUUCUCUCUCCCUUUGCUCUUGCCACAUCAGCGACGAGGGCAUCAACCGCAUGGUGCGCCAGAUGCACGGACUGCGCACCCUCAACAUUGGCCAGUGCGUCCGCAUCACUGACAAAGGCCUGGAGCUUAUCGCUGAGCACCUUAGUCAGCUCACAGGCAUUGACCUCUAUGGCUGUACCCGCAUCACUAAAAGAGGCCUGGAGCGCAUCACUCAACUGCCCUGCCUCAAGGUGCUCAAUCUGGGACUCUGGCAAAUGACUGAGAGUGAAAAAGUAAGGUGAGAGGAGGGGACACCCAGAGAACCCCAUCCCUCAGGAGGGAUUUACCAACUGACUGCUGCAGUAGAGAAAAGUGGAGGGGGGGAAUAGUCCCCCAAGAGUGAUGGGGGAGGGAAGGGAAAGUAUCUUUGCUACUUGUCUGCCUGCCCUACCUCUGUGCUCCAGCAAUGGAGGUGAGCGAAAGGGGGACCAUACUAUUUUCAUAAUUCCUUCCUCUGAAUUGUGGGGAGACAACUGCACUCUACAGCAGCCGUCCCUGUGGGUGGAUACAGUAUCACUUUUUAUUGGGAAUACAGCUUCUCAAUCGUUUAUGCACUGGGGAUGGAUGCAGCCCCUUUCUCCAAAUCUGAUUCACUUACUUCUGCACUAGGGAUAAAAGAAGAAUCCUACCCUAUUCCCUUGUUUAUUUUCAUGAAGACCUGCCCUUUAUUGGGCAAUCAAGUCUCUUCCUUUUCUAGUCCCUUUCUCCCAUGCUCAUCCAUCAACUCCCACAAUGCUUUUUGUAGUUGGCCAUCCUUUUCGUGAUGUAGGCAACCUGUAGAUAUCAGAUUGACUUGGACAUUGCCUUAUACCAAGUCAGGCCAUUUGUCUUUCUAGCUCAUACUGACUGGCAGAAAUUCUCCAGUCUCAAAAGGACAGUCUUUCCUGGCCCUAUUCUACCUCUCCUAAACCUUAGAACGCUUGGUUUCCUGCCCCCCCCCGCCCCUUUUCUGCUUUUCCCCAGUUUGAGAUUAGAAACAUCAAGCCUUUUACUGAGAAGUGAGGCUUUUUUGAAAGCCACUGUAAUUGGAGUUUCAACUAGAGAGAGUGUUCACUUUGCUCAGUGUUGCUUAGAGGGCCACCACAUUUUCCCCACAAGCUCAUUUUACGCUGUAUCCAACCCACAUCGUCACCAUCUUUCCUUUGCUGCUGGAACCAUUACAAAGUUGAAUCAUCUUUUUAUGUUUCUGUGGCUUUUCCCCUCCUCCUCAUUUCAUCUUUUGGGGAGACAGGGAUUUUUUAUAAAAAAAAAAAAUACAUAGCCACGAUUUCACUUUUUGGAGGAUUGGAGGCAGAGUGAUGGAAUUAAUCAUCACUAGAAAUGCAACAAAAUGCCUUCUACAACACUCCCUUCCCUGGCCUUUUAUAUCUUAGCUGUUUUAUUUGUUCUCUUGUCCUCUUCAUACAUGGUAUAAGUUUGAAAGACAGCUGAAGUGGCUAUUCUUGUGGGUUUUAAGUACUUUUUUCCUUGCUCGGUAUAUUAUCACUAUAUAAACAUUUGGCUACCUCGGGUUUCUUUUUUUUUUUUUCUCCUUCCUCAACCUUGGAAUUUUUAAGAGAAGUUGAGACUAAAAUACGUUGUGCCUAGACUGGAAAGAUUUCCCCUGGGGUUUAUGAUUUGGAGGGGGGAAUAGGAAGAGAAGGAAAAGUGAUUGGGGAUUUUUGCCCCCUGCCUGUCACCUAUAAUCUUGAUGCCUCUUCCUUUUUGACUAAAGUUUUGGGGACCCACCAGUGCUUUUGUGUUCUCACUCUUCCAGCACAAACAUGGUAACAUGGGAUGUCCAAAUUAGUGAUUGGGCAAUGAUUAAAGAAAUGUGAAAGUAGGAACUCUUGUUUCUUUAAAUAUAUGCAAACUCCUACCUUCCCUUCUCAAAUUACUUAGAUCAAGUGGGUAACUUCCUGUAAGGAAGUGUGCAGAGAGGAGCAAGCAGAACAGACUGACUUGCAGUUGCAACAUGAAUGGGAAAAAGUCAACUUCAAGUCAACUUUUAUUCUGUCUUUAAAAUAAAGCCACUUCUUGACGCUUGUCUUUAAAGGAGGAUCAAGACAACUUUGAAGAAAGCAAAAUCGAUGGGGGAGGAAGGGCCAAUUAUGUAGAUUCUUCCAAUCCUCCACAGUUCUAGGUCACAAAAUUUGGACAAGCCCAGACACACAGCCCCCCAUCAUGGAAUAAAUGUACUGUUUGUGAAUUUGUAUAAAAUUAAAGAUCCUCUUAAAACAUUUUAUAUUCUUACAGUAAAAGGCUAAACUGAUAUUUAUAUAAUAAAAGAGGAAAUAUGAAGUAUGUUUUUAAAAAAAAAGUUGCAUGUGUGUCUUUGUCUUUUAAAAGGUAGGUAUAUCCUAAAAUUGUGAGGAGUUGUCCUGUCUUUCCUUGGUUAAUGAGCAAUUUGGUCUAGUGAAUCAAAGGAACUGGAAUGCUUUGUCCUUGGAGCAUAAAAGGUUAAGUAACUUUCCAAAUUAGAAGUUUACGUACAGCAAAUGGUUCCAU